GCUCAACUAUAUAAAUCACCUCUGUGUGGAGUUUGAAACCAAGACACCUCCAGAGUCAAACUGAUCGAAGAAGAGAGAAGAAGACAGCAAAGACCGACUUCUUCUACCUGUAACCUCCAAAAGUCUUCUCAAACCCCUGUUACAGAUGGCCGUGAUACUGAAGCCAUGGACGGUGCUGGCAGCCGUAGUGCUGUGCGUGCUGGUGUGUCUGGGAACGCUGGCGGACGCCUACCCCCCCAAACCUGAGAACCCCGGAGAUGACGCUCCACCUGAAGAGCUGGCCAAGUACUACACCGCCCUAAGGCACUACAUCAAUCUGAUCACCAGGCAGAGGUAUGGAAAGCGUUCGACUCAGGAGGAUGUGGUUGCAGAGCUGCUGUUCGGUGGCGACAGCAACAGGGACCAGAGGUCAAGAUACGACGACUCCUACGUGUGGUGACUCAACCACCCCUCUCCCUCCCUCCAGGUGCGUCCCGCUAUGUACCCGGAGGGGCCGACAUGUGCCUCUCACCUCUGACCCCCUGGACCUGACCCCCGACCCCGACCCCGACCCCGACCCAAGACACAAGCUCUCUCUGUCUCUCUUGUCAGCUGUCUCACACCUCUCUCAUUACAACACAAUUGUACAUAAUUUAUUAUUGAAAUAAUAAUAUAUAUAUAUGAGAUCAGAGCUAUUAAUCAGAAGGUGGAACUGUGUCCGUCUGUCUCUGUGAGCAUUAACGUCCCUCUGCUGUCCAACACUGUUUAGAGGAGGAAAUUCCUGUUUCACUGUUGCUACUGUAACAAGUAACAUCAGAAUAAAUUAAUAAAACUGUUCUGUGUGAUGA